AUGGCCGCAAGGAACAAGCAUCUCCUCGCCUUCUUCUCCCGCUCCCUCACCAACUUCCAGUCCUCCAGCUCCCCCUUCCAGAUUCUCUGCACCCUCCUCCCCCAUGAAGCCCAGCAGCAGAUCGACAACCCCCGGCCUCUGCCGCCGUCCCAGCCCGUCCCCCACCUCACCAUCCUAGAUUCGAGCUUCAACCCGCCCACAGCCGCCCACCGUGACAUGGCCCUCUCAGCCACUACUAGCAACCCCUCCUCGCCCUCCCGGAUCCUCCUCCUCCUGGCCGUCCAGAACGCAGACAAGGCGCCUCGCCCCGCCCCCUUCGAGCUGCGACUCUGCAUGAUGGAGGCGCUGGCGCGCGAGAUCUUCCACCGCCACGACGGCACAGGUGCGGGCUCCGCCGUCACCGCCGUGGACGUGGGCGUCACCACCCGGCCGUACUUCCACGACAAGGCGCGCGCGGUGAGGGAGUCGGGCUUCUACGCUGGACUCGGGGACAUGACGUUCCUGGCCGGGUUCGACACGCUGAUACGGGUGCUGAAUCCGAGGUACUACGGUGGUGAGGAGGGCAUGGCGGAGGCGCUGGGUCCGUUCUUCGGGAUGUCCAAGCUGAGAGUCACGAUGAGGCCGGGCGGUGAUUGGGGUGGGGUGGAGGAGCAGGAGGGAUAUCUGUCAAGGCUACAGGGUGGAGGUUUUCGGACCGAGUGGUCGGGGAGGGUAGAGAUGGUCGAGGGGUCUGGUGGGAGUGUGGGAGUGAGCAGCUCGAGGGUGAGAGAGCUGGUGAGCCAAGGGAAGACGCAAGAUCUGGCGAGUCUGGUCGGUCGGGACGUUGAGCAGUUUAUUAGAACGGAAGAGCUAUAUAAAGAGGAAUAG